AUGAGCGAAACUAAUUCUUUCUGGUUUAUAAUAUUAAUAUGUUUAGCAGUUAUGUCGCCGACUCGUCUUGUUAGUGCAGACGUGUAUGCAGUUGACGAUUCCGUUGGAGUUGGGCGUCGCUAUGAUGGCAUUGGUGGUUUGAGCGGUGGAUCAGCUACCUCAAAGCUGCUUAUUGGUUACCCCCAGAAACAGAGGGAUGAGGUGUUGGAUUAUUUAUUCAAACCAAAAUUUGCUGGUUCACUGCAAAUACUCAAGGUUGAGAUUGGUGGCGACGCACAAGCAUCAGAUGGAACUGAAGCAUCCCAUAUGCACGUGGAGUGGGAGGAAAACUACCAGAGAGGAUAUGAAUGGUGGCUGAUGCAGGAAGCUAAAAAGCGGAAUCCAAAUAUCAAGUUGUUUGGACUUCCUUGGGCUUUUCCCGGUUGGAUUGGAAAUGGCACCCAGAAUCCAUACUAUGACAGACAAAAACUGGCAACUUACAUCUUCAAGUGGAUUAAAGGGGCAGAUGUUUAUCACAACUUGAAGAUUGACUACAUUGGGAUCUGGAAUGAGAGAUGGUGUGAUACAGAGUCUAUCAAGGUUCUGCGUAAAACACUGAACAGUAAUGGGUACAGUCAAGUUCAAAUUGUUGCAGCAGAUCUGGAUUUUGGCAUUGUGGAGUAUAUGUCUAGAGAUGCUGAGCUUGCUGCUGCCAUUGAUUAUGUUGGGGCUCACUACCCAGGUGUGUUAUCUCCUGACUCUGCCAGAAAGAUCGGCAAGCCAUUGUGGUCAUCUGAAGAUUUCAGCACAGUCAACGAUGAAGUUGGUGGGGGGUGUUGGGCUAGAAUUCUCAACCAGAAUUAUGUCCAAGGUUUAAUGACAAGCACAAUCGCAUGGAAUUUGAUUGACAGCUUUCACCAGAGCCUACCCUGGGAUCGGACGUCACUGAUGACAGCCAGAGAGCCGUGGAGUGGCAAUUACAUUGUGGAAAGCCCUGUCUGGAUGUCAGCCCACACAACACAGUUCACUGAACCAGGCUGGAAGUACCUGUCUCAUGGACACGGUGUUGGGAUGUUGAACAGUGGAGGCAGCUACGUAACAAUUGUCAGCCCAGAUUUACAAAACCUCACCAUUGUCUUAGAAGCUAUGAGCCAUGACCACUCAGUUUGCAUCCGUCCUAACCUACCACCAUAUACAGUGAAAGAACAAAAUGUCACUUUUGUCUUCACCGGAUCGUUUGCAAACAUCACCAAGCUGUAUGUAUGGCAAAGCAUUCUGAGGUUUGAUAAAACUCCAUCUUCACAUUUCAAAAGUCUUGGAUCCGUUCAGGUCAUAAACGGACAAGUGACCAUCACAGUUGGGGUAGACACUGUCCACACACUAACAACGGUCAGUGACGGCCAGCAUGGAGAACACCCUACUCCACCUCCAUCUGCCCCCUUCCCACUGCCAUUUGUGGAAACAUUUGAAGAGUACCCGCUGUCAGCAGAGCCAUAUCUGUUUGCUCCUCAACAAGGCUCGUAUGAUGUGGUUGAUGUUGGUGGUCAGCAUGGGAAAGUUAUGAGACAAAUGGUGUUGCAACCUCCUAUUGUUUGGUGUGAACAGACACUUCACUUGAAUGCUUCCCUCAAUGUCUUCGGCUGGUACCAGUGGACUGAUGUAGAAAUAGCUGCUGAUGUCAGAAUCGGUGCAGUCAAUGGAUCGGGGGGAGUGUUUAUUGCUGUCAGAAUUGACAAAGCAGGUUGUGAUACAUAUGCAGCACAAGGAAUUUUCUACUACUUUUCACCUGGUGAAAAUUUGUUUUUGCUCUCAGAUGACAUCAGGAGAGCUAAUGUUAUUGUUGCAAGCACUAAGCCUGUUGCUGUUUUGUCUGACUGGAACCGCCUGACACUGUCUGUAAAAGGGACAUUAGCUACAGGAACAUGUAAUGGUGUCGUAGUGUUCAACGUCAGUAUUCCCACUGCUCCGGCACAUGGAUUUGUAGGGGUCGGCACCAAAAAGUAUGGUUAUGCAGAUUUCGACAACAUUAAUCUCAGCUCUGCCAAAGGGCCAUCACCCAUAGUUUACUCUGGCAGAAAAAGCAAGAAAAACUCUCUGUACUUUGAGACAGAGAACCCAUGA